CUCACUUCAAAAGUUUACUCCGGCUGGGACGCGGGGCCUAGCGAGCCAUGGCUGUCUACGUCUGGAUGCUACGCCUCGGGAGGCUGUGCGCCCGGAGCCCAGGGGUGCUGGGGGCCCGGGCUGUCCUCUCCCGGGGUUGGCAGGAAGCGAGGUGGCAGGGCGUCCGUCCCCUCAGUUCCAGAGAGGUGGAUGGCACCGCCCCCCUGCCCGUUGGUGGCUGCAGCUACAUCCAGGGCCACACUGGAUUGCAUCUUAUCAACAAGACUGUGGGGCAGUGCCUGGAUGCCACAGUACAGAAGAUCCCGGACCGAGAGGCCUUGGUCGUCCUCCAUGAAAAUGUCCGGUUGACCUUUGCCCAGCUCAAGGAGGAGGUGGACAAAGCUGCUUCUGGGCUCCUGAGUAUCGGCCUCUGCAAGGGUGACCGGCUGGGCAUGUGGGGACCCAACUCCUAUGCGUGGGUGCUCAUGCAGCUGGCCUCGGCCCAGGCGGGCAUCAUUCUGGUGUCUGUGAACCCAGCCUACCAGGCUAGGGAGCUGGAGUAUGCCCUCAAGAAGGUGGGCUGCAAAGCCCUUGUGUUCCCCAAGCAAUUCAAGACCCAGCAAUACUACAACAUCCUGAAGCAGAUCUGUCCAGAGUUGGAGAAGGCCCAGCCAGGGGCCUUGAAGAGUCAGAGGCUUCCAGAUCUGACCACAGUCAUCUUAGUGGAUGCCUCUCUGCCAGGGACCCUGCUCCUGGAUGACGUGAUAGCAGCUGGCAAUACAGAGCAGCAUCUGGCCCACCUCCAGCACACCCAGAAGUUCCUGUCCUGCCAUGACCCCAUCAACAUCCAGUUCACCUCGGGGACGACAGGCAGCCCCAAGGGGGCCACCCUCUCCCACCACAACAUUGUCAACAACGCCAACAUGAUAGGGGAGCGCCUCAGACUGCCCCUGAAGAUGCCGAAGGAGUUGCGGAUGGUCCUGCCCACCCCCCUGUACCACUGCCUGGGUUCUGUAGGGGGCACAAUGGUGAGCAUGACGCAUGGUAUCACCCUCAUCCUGCCCUCUCCAAGCUUUGAUGGCAAGAAGGCGCUGGAGGCCAUCAGCAGAGAGAGAGGCUCCUUCCUGUAUGGCACCCCCACAAUGUUUGUGGACAUUCUGAACCAGCCAGACUUCUCCAGUUACGACAUCUCGGCCAUGCUUGGAGGUGUAAUUGCUGGGUCCCCUGCACCCCCAGAGCUGAUCCGAGCCAUCAUCAACAAGCUGAACAUGAAGGAGCUGGUGGUGGCUUACGGAACCACAGAGAACAGUCCCGUGACCUUUAUGAACUUUGCUGAGGACACUGUGCAGGAGAAGGCAGAAAGUGUGGGCCGAGUGAUGCCUCACACAGAGGCCCAGAUCGUGAACACGGAGACGGGGACACUGACAAAGCUGAAUACACCAGGAGAGCUGUGGAUCCGAGGAUACUGCGUCAUGCUGGGCUACUGGGGUGAUCCCCAGAAGACCGUGGAAGCAGUUGGACAGGACAAGUGGUAUCGGACAGGAGACAUCGCCACGAUGGAUGAAAAGGGCUUCUGCAAGAUCGUGGGCCGCUCCAAGGAUAUGAUCAUCCGGGGCGGCGAGAACAUCUACCCUGCGGAGCUGGAAGACUUCUUUCACACACACCCGAAGGUGCAGGAAGUGCAGGUGGUGGGUGUGAAGGACAAGCGGCUGGGAGAAGAAAUCUGUGCCUGCAUUCGGCUGAAGAAAGGGGAGAAGACCACGGCGGAGGAGAUCAAGGCUUUCUGCAAGGGGAAGAUCGCCCACUUCAAGAUUCCCCGAUACAUCGUGUUUGUCACAGAGUACCCCCUCACUGUCUCAGGAAAGAUCCAGAAAUUCAAACUUCGCGAGCAGAUGGAACAACAUCUAAACCUGUGAAUAAAGGGGGGAGUGGGGUCCUCCCAGGUCCUCACUGCUCUUCCCCCACAUUCCCCUUGUCUGUCUUGGUGAUUUGGCAUAAAGAGCUUCUGUUGUCUUUGG